AUGCCAAUCGAGAACUCAAACACAUCUGAUCGAGAUACUGAGCCAUUUGUGGAGGUUGAUCCAACUGGGCGGUUUGGGCGGUAUGAUGAUCUCCUUGGUCAUGGUGCUGUGAAGAAGGUUUAUAGGGCUUUUGAUCAGGAGGAAGGUACAGAGGUGGCCUGGAAUCAGGUCCGCUUGAGGACUUUCAGUGAUGAUCCAACUCUCAUAAACCGGCUUUACUCAGAGGUUAAGCUAUUGAGCACAUUGAAGAACAAGUAUAUCAUUGUUUGUUACAGUGUUUGGAAGGAUGAGGCGCACAACACUUUGAAUUUCAUCACUGAGGUGUGCACAUCUGGAAACCUGAGGCAAUACAGGAAGAAGCAUCGCCAUGUGUCUAUUAGGGCUUUGAAGAAGUGGUCAAGACAGGUGCUUGAGGGAUUGGAAUACCUCCAUACACAUGAGCCAUGCAUCAUUCACAGAGAUCUCAAUUGCAGCAACAUCUUCAUCAAUGGGAACACUGGCCAGGUGAAAAUUGGUGAUCUGGGAUUUGCAGCAAUAGUUGGUAAGAACCAUGAAGCGCAUUCGAUUUUAGGGACACCUGAGUAUAUGGCACCUGAGCUAUACGAGGAGGACUACACAGAGAUGGUGGACAUAUACUCCUUUGGGAUGUGCUUGCUGGAGAUGGUGACAAUGGAGAUACCAUACAGUGAAUGUGACUCUGUUGCCAAGAUAUACAAGAAGGUCACGGCCGGUAUUAAGCCUGAAGGCUUGAACAAGGUGACUGAUCCAGAGGUGAAGGCGUUCAUUGAGAAAUCCAUAGGCCAACCGAGGGCAAGACCUAGUGCCUCUGAUCUUCUCAAGGACCCUUUCUUGUCUGAACCCAAAUCCAAUAUUAAAGAGAUUGAACUAAUCCUCUGA